AUGGGUCGUGCGGCGCAGCGACUAUUGAUAGCACAAACUGGGGAUGAGGGUGGACGACCGCCUCGACAUCCAAGUCCAGUGCAAAAGUCAGCAUCAAAGAUUUAUAAUCUGGCUUUUUCAGCACUUCAAUUGCUGAAGCAAAAUGGGUGA